UCCAGAUCGAAAUAGGUAAGCGUCUAAAUAACAAUGACUUAUUUACUCGUUGCUCUGGACAACAACAAAGUUAACGAAAAAAGAUGUCAGGACUACCAAGAGAAGUUAUAAAGUGGAUUCAGAGCCUUGACUUGACAUGGCAAAUAAAAACUGCAAAAUGGGAUGUUACAAAUGGUUACUUAAUAGCUGAAAUUUUCUCUUGGUAUUUUCCACAAGACAUACAGAUGCACUCAUACAAUAAUGGCACAUCACUAGAUUCUAAACAGAAGAACUGGUACCUAUUGAAACUGUUUAUUAAAAGACACUCUUUAGACAUACCAGAGGAAUAUAUAGAUGGUACCAUUCAUUGUAAGGAGGGAGCUGCUGCCAUGCUGUUAGAAAACAUUUAUGAAUUGUUAACAAACAGAAAAGUAAAGAAAACCCAGACAGAAGAACCAGAUUUUACAGACAAACUUUACCAAGAAAAACUACCAAUGCAUGCUAGAUCAACAGCAUCAAAAGCAGUGAAAAAUAACCUUAGAAUUACAGAAAUCAUGGCAGAUCAAAACCUUAUACUUGGUGCUCAAAAGUCCCAGAAAAUCAUAAAUGACCAUAUAGAGCAUAGACGACAAGAAAGAUACCAGAAUCCAGACCGAUUCCAGGUAAAACCAACACUUGGUGAACUAUGUGUACGGAGACCACCCCCACAACCAGCUCAGCCAACAUUUGAAGACAGUACCAUGGGAGAAUCUGCUGCUGUUCCUAGUCAAGUUAAUCCUGAAGAUUUACAAAGUAUGUCAAGAGAACCAAGUGUACAAUUUAAAGAAAUAGAAGUCAAUCAGAUGGACAAAUCAGCUCUUUACAAUAUGCCUAUUCAGGGCUAUUAAACCUAUAAAACUGAUCAACAUACUAAAAAUACAUAAUCAGGACCACUUUAGUCCUCCUAAACUGACAAUGAUGUGAGCACCUAAGAUAAUAGUUUUAUUCAAAAUUAAUAUUUGCUGUGUUCUAAGGAUUUUGUUGGUGUUAGUAUUGUCACAAUUUGCAUAUACAUGUAAUAAUAAGAAACUAUAUACAUGUAUGCAAACAUUCCAUUAAAUAGUUUCUUCUAUUUUGAAAAUUUCAUACAUGUUUUAGUUGACCAUACAUGUAUUUGUCUGUUGUCGAAGUCCAUUACAAUUAUUUUAAAGUUUUGUGGUAUGAGGAAUGUAAAACUACCCUAAUCCCCCUUUAACCAAAGGAGGACCAAAAGUAGAUAUUUUAAAAAGAAUAUUUUUCUUAUGCAGUUUUCUGUGUUGCUUAACCGUGCACUGUUUUGCAGUGAAUUACUUCCUGGGAAGAUUGAUACCUUGUAUCAAAUUGUAUUUUGGAUUUCUAUAUCUUUUAUGGACAUCGUUCUUUAUACAUGUUAUACUCUUGCAAAUAUAGGUGUUGGAAAAAAAUAUUCAUUUACCUUGGUUUGAUGCCAAAAAAAAGUUCUAAGUAUUGACAACUUUUUUGUUAUUUAUUUGAAAUAAUUUGUUUUAUAGUCUAAUAUAUUUGUCAUUUUAUGUACAUAUUUAUACAUUUUUAUCAUCAUAACAUAAAAAAUAAAAAGUAAAAUUUUA